AUGGGUUCAUGCAUGAGAACUGCUGAGCGGCUGAAAGACCUGGAGGUAGAUAUUCCUCCUAGAAGUGUUGCCUGGGACACCUUCCCACAGCCCUCCACAAGCACGUGUGCAGACAUAGGCAUUCAAGAGAAAGGAGCACCGCAAGUCCUGUCGCUGGAGCUUGUGAUGAGCAGCAUCAGGUGGAGGCAGAACAGCUGCCUCCACCGGCCGAGGGUGAGGCUUUGUGCCGUGCUCCCUCGGGCGGGCCUUGCUCCCCGGGCCGGGCACCCGGGCCCGACCCGAGCAGGCCCGGCAGCCGCCGCGGCCCCGGGGUCACAGGGAGUUGCCAUCUUUGCUACGAACAAGGAGCCGCUUCACACAAAACCAGGAGCUAAUCAAGACGAGCUGUUUACACGGCGAGGUCGGGCUGCGGGGGAAGGGAGACAGAGGCCUCUCCGCGGCGGGGCCCUCAGGAGGCCAGACACGGGAAGGAGGUAUUUGCCAGAAGUUUUCAGAAAAUUGGAUGUGAGACCAACUGAAGCCUGCACAGUGUCAACCCUCAUGCCGGGGAAAUGGAGCUGUUGUGUUUCUUUUCACUUUCUGCAGAGUGCUUUGCACCAGCAUCCCCCUUGGCAGAGCAAGCCCAAGGCAAGCACACAAGUUUUAUUUUACAAACUCCUCAUGUUGUGUCUGAAACCGGUUGGCAGUUUGAAGCUUUUGAGAAGUUUCACAAUUGAUCAUCCAGUAUGUGGUAAUAUGUCUUUACAACACCAAACCACUGUUUAGUACUUCUUUAGACCUUCCAGCUGAAUUUGAAUUUAACUUAGCUUUUGGUGCAAGCAUCCUUCCAGCUCCAGAUCACCUCAGCAUGCUGCAAACCACUGGAAAAGUCUGUGCUUUCAGCUUGUGUUUGCAGUUCAGCUGGCUACAACAAUCUACUUGAGAAAUACUUGGCAAUCCAGCCCAUUUUGUCAUCUUCCCUGCUUCUUCUGCUAUGUUAGAGCUCUUUCAGUUUUAGAAGAGCUGUGCGCUUGAGAAGAACAAUGUCCCACUGCUGAGACAUUUAAAUGCCAUAAAAUGUCACAACAUCAGAUAAGCUUCAAGAUCUUAACAAAAAAUUAAAUGUACUGAGAGUUUA